CUGAAACUGAUCCUUACAGUACCGAAUAUUGUUUUCCUACCAACCUUGCGCUUAUUUACCGUCAUCGAAGCCUUCGUCUUUGUUAGUACACAAGCUCGCUAGUCUAUAGCCCUUGUACUAUAGUACUUUUUCAUCCAUGUCGCAUCCUCUCAUGCUGCUCGAGACAUUGCGAACUCAGUGACAUCUAGGCUGGACAUGAUGGGAUGCCGACCAUCAGAUUUUUGACCGUGUCCAGACCUACUGUGUAUUAUACCUACCUUCCACCUCCUCCUUUCCAUGCUUGUUGAGGCAUCCGUCGACCCAACCUGCUCAUACCCUAGGCUCUCCAACCACCAGCAUGUCGCAACUCCAUGAUGCGCCAUCACAGCGCCCACCAGGUGGGCUCACCGAACCGCUACCCUCCUGCGAGCCUGGCAUCCAAGGAAGAGUGGUUUCCCUGGAGGGUCCUUCUCCAACCGGCGAAGGCCUGCCCGUGGACGACUGGAUCACCAGGUUCCGCAAAGCAGACUCGUCGAGUCGCAGAUGUCUGCUGUUUGCCCUGAUCCCUGAGCUGACUGCCUCGGAGUGCAACGACUUGCGCAACUACCGCAGGACCGACAUCAUCGGCCGUCUGCCCUUGGAGCUGGUCCUUGCCGUCUUCUCCCAUUUGGACGUGGCCUCGUCUUUUCGUCUUCAAACAGUCUCAAAACGCUGGCGGGACAAACUGCUGUCGCCUGCAUUUUUCAAUCAACAGCAAAGGCAAUGGUAUGGCUGCGACUACGUAUACGCACCGAUUUCUCAACAAGAAGACCACUUGACACGCCAGAGGAACGAGGCAGAACGCAUCCAUCGCAUAUGCACCGGCCGUCCCAUCGAACGCUUCCUGUUGCCAGCAAUGAUUCACAGUACGGUAGAAUGGUCCUUCUUGUUCUGCAAUGACACCCUCUACUGGAUCCACACUCCGCCAGGUCCCGGCCCGCCCGCCCACGGCCGCACCGUGCUAUCGUGCAACAUCUAUACUGGAGCCAUGCAGCAGUUCCAAUUACCUACCCGGGAACGCAUCAACUUCGUUGCCGUCUCAGACGAACUUCUACUCAUGUCUGCGAGGAAAGGCUGGUACCAUAUUACCAAUCUAUCAGACGAAAGGAAAAAGCACUUCAGGAUUCCUGCCACCCUAGGGUACUCUUAUGAAAAUGUAGAGUGCCAGGGACGAAGAGUAAUAGUCAGCCGCAUGUACGAUACCGACUGCGUGGUGUGGGCAUAUAUCUGGCACUUCGACACAGGUCGGGGUGAGAUUGUCAAGGUCAAGCUGGCCGACGACUUUCACGAUCCGGUUGGGUCUCUUCUAGUACCCAUCGUUAUGUCUGAUCUAAACCGGAUAGUGACCUUUCCCGUCACGCCCGGCACUCAGAACAUUGCCCCAGGCCAACCAACCGAGUCCGCCAGGGCAUACGAUAUGAAAGGAGUCCGUCUCGAAACCAUCGCUUGUUCCGAUGACCGGCCCGUGUGCAUUCGAUGCUUCGGCUCGUACUGUAAAUCGCCGCCACCUGGGACCAACUCCCAGCCGCUUCCUUUCCUACCCACGGUUUCAAAUGCAAACAUCCUCAGGCUCCUAGGACCCUGCGUCCGAAUUGCCACUUAUGGACACUCACAUGACUUGAGACACGGUCCAACACAGACUAACCCAUGCCGAUUUACCUGCUGCCUCGGAACACCCACUUCGCCUACCCACAAGGAAUUCCCCUGUGUGCCACCCUCGGCACCCGAUGCGGGCCUCAAUUUGGCUCGGAGCCGACCGUCGGUACCGACAUCGACAUACAUGUGCUGCGACGACGACACCGUCAUCGUCAUGUGGCCCUCCCGCGACAACGACCUGUGGACCCUGGAGUUUCUCUGUUUCAACAAGGAAAAGCGUCUACAUAGGGAGGGUCUGCAGGCUGCUGUUGAUAGAACAAUGGGGAUCGUGGGGAGUUCUGGAGUAUAAUCAGGAUGUGCUGGGUCGAGAAGAGGAUUGGUCUUGGGCUGGGGAGUUCCCUAAGAAGAGUGACCGUUUGAUAGACUGCUGAAAGUUCUAAAUCAU